CCAACGGUUGGGAUCGUUCGAAUCAAACCAACCGGCAGUACACUCCAUAGUUUCAUCCAGAACAAUCUCGGGGUCGAACAUUUGGACCGUUUCUGGUGAUUCAGGGUUUGGUGACGGAGAGGAACGGAGAUGGGAGGAGGCCACGAAGGGAGCACGACUUACAAAGGUGUAACUUUGCACCAUCCAAAGCGAUGGCAUACCGUCACCGGCAAGGGCUUGUGCGCCAUCAUGUGGUUUUGGGUCUUGUACAGGGCUAAGCAAGAUGGUCCCGUAGUAUUGGGCUGGCGGCACCCUUGGGAGGGACAUGAUGACCAUUCUCACGGCCAUGGAGACAAGCAUUAGUGAUUAUUGGCACUGUGUUCGGCUGCAGCCUGAAGAAAAAUAUAUGAUUAGCAGUUGCUGGUGCAGAUGCCGUUUUGGAUGUCUUGUGUUAAUUACUUCUGAUUCAAUAAAGUGAUUGUGAAAAGGGAUUUUAAGCAUAAUGAGAUGAAAUAUGAGACUCCAUUACAACAUUUUAGUUAAACGUAUGGUUUUUUCUUUGUAAGCAUGGUUUUUCUGAAUGAAUGAAUGUAUUUAUGCGCACCUCU